GAGAAGCAAGUGUCGCGUGUGUCUCGAGUUGAGCGGUGUAUUGGUGUGCGUGUGUGUCUGCGAGCUGCGUCGAUCAGUGCGACCACGCACGUCGUCGUCGUCGUCGGCGGUGGUGACGAAAUCGUCUCGGUGAUUUAGUGCGUGAGUGCGUCGUCGGUUUGUUUGUUUUGUUGGGUCUGUGCCUGCGUGCGUGCGUGCGUGCAAUCGGUGACAAGUGGUAUUAAGUGCUUCAGUGGAAUCGAGCAUAUUUCGCUUCGAUCGCCGCCGCAUUAAGUACAAGCAAAAGGGUGAACGAAAUCACGAAAUCUCCGCAACUCGUACAGCGUGUGUGUGUGUGUGUGUAGGCGCUAGUGGCGUGCAUUUCGGGGUGCUGCGUGUAUUGGUGCGAAAUACAAAAACAAACUACAGAAGCCCGCGAUCGUCGCAGAUUCGAUCGUUUGCUUUAGGCGAUCGUGUGUGUAAGGUGUCCGGAUUCAUCAUCACUAUCCAGCAGCAACAACAACAAUAACUAUAACAACAACAGUAGCAGUAAGCUGCCACCUGACACCUUCUCGGUGUGUGCCGGUUCGCCAGCUCGCAUGGGAACUAGCUGAAUCUCCGGGAGAAGAAGCGAAAAAGAGUUCAAUGGCCUGUUGGUGCCGGUGCAGCUAAAGCGGGAAGCGUGACGAUGUGCCGUACUAUGUAGAGAGGUCCAGACGAGCCCGCCGACCAGACCACAAGCAUAAGCAUAAGCACAAGCUGCAGCUAGCUGAGUCAACCUCCUCGAAGGUUAUUCCGUUCUGCUCAUCGGCAUCCCUCAAGUGCAGCGUGUGUAGACCAUCCUAUAAACCCCUCGGAAAGUUUGCGAUAUGCUCGCAGGAGGAAACUAAUACGAUCGAUACCGAUCCUGCAACGCAACGUGCAAUGUGUUCCGUAAACGAUCGCCUCACCACAAACACCACGGAGCGGUGGUCCGUAAGAAGUACAACAGCGCAAAUGACGAACGAUAUGAUGGCCUCAGCGGGCCAGGAGAAGAAGGAAGCCACAUCAAUCCACCGUCAUCGGAGUCACAACCGAAGUAGCAGCAGCUGCCGGCGGCGGCAUCAUCAUCAACAGCGACACACUUCCUCCACUGGUGUCCGGCGGAUAGGGAAGGGACCGUCAGGCGAUGGUGGUGGCCAACCCCUUACCUGGCUAGUGUGUCUCUGCCUAGCACUCUUCCAUUCGGUCACCUGUCUACCGGCACAAUCCUAUCCUCAGUCGUCCUCUGCAACGGCGCAUCACACACAUCAUCACUCGCAACAUCAUCCUCAUCAGGCGCCCCCGUAUCUGGCCAGCGGUAGUAGUGGUGGUGGCGGCGUCGAUGAUCACCAGCAGCAACAUCCUCACAAUCAUCAUCAUUCAGCGGGAGCAUCGGCAGCAGCAGGCCAAUCGUCCUCGUCCUAUGGAGGCUCAUCGAGGUCUAGUGGUAGCAGUGCCGGCAGUAGUAGCGGUAGCAGCAUCGGAUUGCACAUGAUCCGCUCGCCGGAAUCGACGAUCGCACCGGCCGACGAUGAGGUGCUGUUCGAGUGCGAGUUGAACCUGCUGCCCGAGCGGCUCGAUUGGCGGUUUCGACCGCAAGGUGCGUCCGGAGCGCGCAAGGAUUACGUCUACAUUGGCAAGAAUCAAACUGGAUACAACGUAAGCGUCGUGGAUGAUCGGUUCAAGCUGCGGGUGCUAGUGAGCGAACGGACGAUCGGCGAGUACCAGUGUGUGGCGUGGUUCGGUGCAUCGGCCCUUGCCUCGAUACCGGCACGGCUAACGCUUGCCACGAUCGGACUCGAGCAGGACAACACUGCCAGCUCGAGCUCCUCAAGCGGACUCUCGACCGGCAGUGGCAGUGGUCGGUACGAUCGAGUGCCCUCCACGAUGAUGCGGCGCGUACUGCCGACGAUACCGCAGCAACACUACAAGGUGUACCCCGGCAACAGUAUUAUCGUCGAUUGUGGCGAAAUCAUCUCGAACCCUCCACCGAUCUGGAGUUACUACAAAGAUGGCAUGACGAUCUACCCGAACGUGACGCAAAUCCAAACUGGGCGGCGGCUCAUCCUACCCAACCUGACGCAGCGUGACUCGGGCACGUACUGGUGCUCGGCCGUUAACUCGAUCACCGGCAGCGAGGUGGUGCUGCCCCAGAAGACGACGAUUCAGGUGGACUAUGUGGCACGAUCGGCACCGCGUGCCCUCAGUCUGCCGCUGAAUGUUUCCGUUAUUCCGGGUGAUACGGCAUUGUUGGAGUGUCCGGGUGUUGGCAAUCCGGUGCCCGUUGCGAGCUGGACGCGCGUCAAUGGAAUACCGCUGAACAGUCGGGCCCGUGUCCAGGAUUAUGGACUGCAGAUCACGAACGUACACCCGGAGGAUGAUGGAGUGUAUGUGUGCCGGUUGCAGAACGGUAUUGAACCUGCGCUGGUACACUCGAUCCGGUUGACGGUGCUAGAGCAGCCGCGCAUUAUUGCGCCACCCCGAUCGACGCUCACCAAUGAGAGCGAUAGCCUGGAGCUGGAGUGUGUGGCACGUGGAUCACCGCGACCGGAAAUCUAUUGGAUGAUCAACGGUGACUACGCCAAAUGGGACGCCCUGAUACGGACGAAUGGGUCGCGGAUGAUUAUCCAAUCGGUAGAGAAGCGGCACGCCGGCAUUGUGCAGUGUUUCGCCCGGAACGAGGUCGGUGAGGCGAGCGAGGGCAAUCUGCUGCAGGUUAAUCCGAAGCAGAUCCCGGGCGGUAUCGGUUCGGUACCGCUCGGAUCCGUACCAUCCGGUGCCCGGGUUGGUGGUGAUCAUGCGGCAAAGCGGAAGGGCGGCAAGAAGCAUAAACAUCUGGUAAUGAUACCCCCGUCCCGGCCCAACAUCACACGCCUGUCGGACGAAUCGGUCAUGAUACGCUGGUCCGUACCGUCGACCGAUGGACUGCCGAUCCAGUUCUUCAAGGUGCAGUACCGUAUGCUGGGUGAUCCGACGAAAAACAUUGCCCGAACCCAGUGGAUGACGGAGAACGAGGACAUUCCACCGUACACGCGUUCGUACGAGGUGAACAACCUUAAAUCGGACCAUCUCUAUCGCUUCCGAAUUGUCGCCGUGUACUCGAACAACGACAACAAAGAGGGUGCCGCUUCCGGCAAGUUCCACCUUCAGCGCGGUUCUCAGCUCGGACUCACGAAGAACCAUCUGCUGGCACCGACACUCACUCGUAUCGAGCCAGUCUCACAGCAGGCCGUCGUGUUGCACUGGCAGUUCCCGUUGCAUCUGCCCCAUCCGAUCGAUGGAUUCUACGCGUACUAUCGGGCAGCGACGACCGCUGGGGAAUACUCGAAGGCUACGGUUGACAGCAGCACGGCUCGGCAUUUCAAGAUCGACCAUCUGGAACCGGGUACGGCGUACGAGUUUAAGCUGCAAUCGUUUACUGCCUCCGCUGCGUCCGAUUUUUCGGCCAUCCUGACGGGCCGAACGUUGAAACCUCCGACUCCGCCACCAACCGUACCGUCGGUUAUCGCUGCAUCGGAGGGUGCCGAUCGGGCCGAGGAGUUCCCCAAGUACAUGCUGGUGACGGGCGGGAUCGUCUUCCUGUUUCUGCUCUUCUCGUUGGUCAUCUGCUGUUGCAUGGGACGUCGAAAGAAGCGUGGGCACGGAUCAGAUGACAUCGACGCCAAGGUCCACAUCCCGGUCGAUCAGAACGGAUUCGCUAGUGGUGGUGUGGGGGGUGUGAGCAAUGGCGGCGGCCGUGUUCUGCACAAGUCUACGCGCGUCAAUGGCAUGAACGGACGGAUGAACAUUACGCCCAAUCCACUGGCCCAGGAUGGCGAUAAGAAUCGCACUGUGAUCGAGCUUCGCUUCCUGCCCAACACGCUGAUCGAGGGAGGAGUACCGGAGCAGCGCGAAACGGGUUCGCUACCAAUGGCGACGACAGCGACAACGGCGGCGGCGGCAUCAUCCACCACUGCCAGUGGUGGAUGGCGACGCAAGAAACCGACGACAGCAGCCACUUCGAAAGCAGCUUCCACUCACAAGACGCCCACGUCGAAGGAUGGCGUCACGACCGAUGGCAGUAACAACGAGGAGGCCACAGGCGACAACGAUAACCACGACAACGACAUCGACGACAAUCACGACGAUAGCAACGACGGUGGCAAUGGCACGGUUCAAGCUACCAACAAUAACAACCUUCAAUCGAUCCCUAAUCAACAGCAACAGCAGCAGCAGCAGCAUCAUCAUCACAUUCCGGCCUCGCACAACCUUCCACCGUUGCCACUGCAUCCGGGUGGGGCAGCGACGACGGCAACGGCAGCAAUGAACAGCUGCGGUGUCCCCCAGCAGCAGCAGCAGCAGCAGCAACAGCAACAGUAUCCCGAGCAUCUGAUGCUGAUUUCGCUGCCACAUCGGCGUACAUUAGAACGAGGCGUCCGCACGGCAGUAUCGAACGGUGGUGGCAGCAACAGCAGCAGCGGUGGUGGUGGAGAGCAGAAGAUGCAUCACGAUGGAAGCGACACAACGGGGGGUGUAGUGAUGGGGCCAGCAAGGAACUCUUCGAUCCGACGGACACGCCGCGGAUCCGGUAGCGUACCCGGUAGUCCACGGAUUGGCCGAGGACCGAGCAGUGAGUUCCUUCAGCAGCAGCAACAGCAACCUGGCGGCGUUACGGUCGCUCGAUCCCCGAUGCCGAUCAGGGCGGCCGGUGGUGGUGUGAAGCGUGGAGCUCGGCUAGGUCGCGCCGAGAACAUGUCCUCCGGCAGUCUGAACAGUAUUGAGGUAUGA